GGAGGCGGCGGCGGUAGCGGCCGCAACGGCGGUGAGUGGCGGCUGCGGGGCAGGGCUGUGAGGGGACACCCGCUCCUCGCGCCGCUGUCCGGACCGGGUGCGGCCGGCGCCGCUCUCGAGGCGUGCAGGGGAGCGGCGAAGCGAGAGGGGCGGCGCCGGGCCCGGCGGCUCUCAGGGGUCGGCCUCCGCGCUGCCUCUGUGCAGCCGCUGCCGUCGGGGUGUGCCGGCCCGCCUCGGGGCGGGGUCUCUCCGCGCUCCCUGCGCUGCCGCACGUCUGCGGAGCCGCGGCCUCGCCGGAGCCGGAGCCGCGGGACGGGUCGGAGGUGAGCUGCGCCACGAAAGAGUACUUGGACCUGACAAUAGAAAGAAUCAGACUAAAACUUAAGAGCCAUGGCAGUACGCUGGAGGAGAAUCCUGAUAGUAUUUGUGGCAGCUCAAGUACUAUGUUUGGUAAAUACCUUUGAGGAAGAGGAUGUACCUGAAGAAUGGAUUCUUCUUCACGUUGUUCAAGGCCAGAUUGGAGCAGGAAACUACAGCUACUUGAGACUAAAUCAUGAGGGAAAGAUAGUACUUCAGAUGCAGAGUUUAAAAGGUGAUGCAGAUUUGUAUGUAUCCGAUAUGACUCUUCACCCCAGCUUUGACGAAUACGAGUUACAGUCUGUCACUUGUGGCCAAGACGUUGUCCAUGUACCAGCACACUUCCGCCGACCAGUGGGAAUAGGAAUUUAUGGUCAUCCCUCCCACCAGGAGAGCGAGUUUGAAAUGAAAGUCUACUAUGAUCGAACAGUUGUACAGUAUCCAUUUGGCGAGGCUUCCUACAAUCCAGAGGAGAUGGAGGCAAACCAGAAAUACUCACACUCUACAGAAGAUGAAUCUCAGGAUGAAGAGUCUGUUUUCUGGACUAUACUUAUUGGAAUCUUAAAGUUAAUACUUGAAAUUCUUUUUUAAAUUGAUAAAUCAUGGACUAAAUCACAUUUCAGUUUGUGAAAUUGAACACAAGUAACUUUCUAUAAUAUUUAAUACUUUUUAUUGUUUCCUGAAGAGGUAUUCGGGUUACUUUUCGUAAAUCAGAAGGAAAGUGGUGGGGAGAAAAAAAGCCAUAUUAAAUUUUUUUCCCUAAAAGUAAAACGAGCAGCGACUGCACUAUUUGCAGUAUCCUUCAGAGAUCAGGGCUUAAAUGUGAAUGUAGAGUUGGGGAUCCCUUAACAGGUGCUUAGAAAAAAUUAACUCUUAAUGAUUUUCUGUCAUUGCUUUCUCGAUAAAGAGUGAAAUACAAACUGCUGCUCUGUUGUGCCCCCUCAAUUUGGAGCACAUUUAAAAAUAAAUCCUGCUCUUCUGACAGGUUACCUUCAGUAUAACUGACAAGCAGUGGCUUUGAAGCAUACUCAAAGUUGAGGGAUGUAAGGUGAAGAAAGGAAAAACCAGCUGAAUAAGGGAUAGAGGGGCUAUAAUUUGACUGCUUGUGCUGUACAUCAGUCAUCUGUAAGCCGAGGCCUGUCCAGUCACUCACCACCUCUGCAAAUCCAUGACCUGAAUCAAGUGCUUGUUACUUCAGUAUUACAGUAGGGAGGGUAAGCCUUCACCUGUUGUUACUUGUCAAUAGAACAUUCUCAUUCCUCAUUAAAAGCAAUGCAGUAUAUAGUACCUUAAGCCUGAGAGGUAUUUUCUUACAUCUCCCCUUUAUAGCUUUCUGAGAUUGAUUUUUUUUUUUUUUUUUAAUGUUUACAGUCCCUUUUUUUUUCCUGUAAAUUUAUAUCAAUAAUUCAUUAGUUUGCAAAGAAAAUUUUUGCUGAAAGGAAUUCUCAGAAUAUUGUAAGAAAGUCAAAUUGUGUUCGCUUUUUCCCUCAAAGUUAAGUCUUUUCCAGGAGUACUUUUUGCCUUGAGUCUUUCAAAAUAACUAAUUGCUAUGCAAAUAGUAUAUAUUUAAAUUGCUCUGUAAUUUUCUUUUCACAGAGCUUACAGAUGAAUGCACUGAAAUAAAUAAGUGUGGUACUAUAAUUUUAUACAAAUGGUGCAUGUACCAUUUAAAUUUCAUUAUAUAAAACCUUCUCUUUUCGAACAGGAAUUUGACUUUUUUUGUCUAGAUAGCUGACAGGAUGUGAUUAGAGACUUGUCUCACAAAAAUGGUUAUAUAGCCAAAAUUAAAAGUUUAUUUGAUAAAAAGAAAAA